AUGAGUCGGUCUUCGGUCGAAGUCGAUGAGUCUUCAAGAGCUGGAGGAGACGAAGACUGGGUGUCAUGGAAGCAACCACUUACAACGUUCGACGGGGACUUGCCGUCACAACCGUCAGUGCCUCUUUAUCGAUUGAUUAUGUCCUCACUGCAAGGCAUUGACAUGAACACCGCCGUCUGCUCACAUGCAAGGCCAGUUCGACGAACUCUUACAGGUUGGGUAGUCUGUGCUGAGGUCAUUGGACGCAAUUUCCACAAAUUCGGUUGCAUUUCUGAGUUUUACACGCAUGUCGAAACAUCAGUGUCGCUCGACAACUUGAAAACCCGCUUCCAGCAGGACUACUUCAAAGCACGCAGCUACUAUGAAAUGCUUGGAGCGUUGGAAGGGUUCUGCGUUGUCGGCUAA